AUGCCACGAACUUUCAUAAUAAAAGGCCGAGAUCCUCGUUAUUUAAAAGAUUAUUUUGAAGCCGCUCUUAGAGAAAUUUCCAAUGGUAGUGAUAUCCGUGCUGUCGGCAGAAAAUACAAUAUACCUUUUUCGACUUUACAACUUCAUAACGUAUCACAAGCCGUCCAUCUUGGUACCGGACGUUCAACACAUUUUACCGACAUUGAAGAGACAUAUUUGGUCAAUAUUGUAGCUGUGUUACAAGGAUGGGGCGAACCCAUAACACCGAAAGAAUUAGUUAAAAUUGCUACAUCUUAUGCAAAAGAACUUGGAAAAUAUAAAACAUUUAAAAAUGGACAACCCACGAUAGAAUGGUAUUAUACAUUUAUGAAGCGUCAUCCACAAUUAACAACUGCGAAAUCUAUUCCUCUUGAGUUACGACGAGCAAAAAUUACACAAACAAUUAAGCAAGGUGGUACCGGUGGUAAAUCAUAUUAUUCUGUUUUAUUCUGCGUUAGCGCAAGCGGUGUCAUAUUACCACCAUACACAAUUUAUAAAGCAAAAAAAUUAUAUGGCAAUUGGUGCCUAAACGACCCUACUGGCGCCGGUUUUAAUACGAGUGCCAAUGGUUGGAUGGAAGAUAAUGUAUUUUAUGAAUGGUUUAAGAACAUGUUUCUUCCUCUAACCUCAACAACACCAAAACUAAUUUUGUUAAUACUGGAUGGACAUACUUCUCAUCGUCGUGUACGUACCACUGAAUUAGCUAUUACCAAUGGUAUUGUUUUGUUACGCAUUCCACCACAUUCAACUCACAUUUUCCAACCUCACGACGUUACAUUUUUUAAACCAAUAAAACAAAAAUACCGCGAAAUUUUAGCUGAAUAUUAUGCAGUAUCUGGAUAUGAAAAGGUAUCAAAAAGUACUUUUCCAUCACUCUUAUUAAAAUUAUUUCAAUCAACGGCGAUUAAGAAUGUCAAUAUUAUCAAAGGUUUUAUUGAAACCGGAAUUUAUCCAUUAGACAAAUCAGCCAUUCGUCCACAGAAAAUAUUAAAAUGUAAUCACACUUUGAUCAUCAUUUUCUCUUUAUUCUUAGUCACUAUUCAUAUGGACUUAUCUCGAGCAUCAGAAUCGACAAUCGAAGUGGUCAUAACAUCAGUAUCUCCAUUGAGUCCUCGAGCGGCAAUUUAUAAUGCUCUUUUAUCCAUGCGUCCACCUGUCAUUGAACAGCCACCAACCAAGAAGCUGAUUCUUGAUCCUCAAGCAGGACAACUUUUAACAUGUGAAGAAGCAUUACGUCAGAUGAGGGAGAAAGAAGAGGGAGCAGUCAAGAAGGCGAAACCAGUUCAGAAAAGGACAUCAGUGAAACAAAAAAAGAAUUCCAAAGCAAAGAAAUUGUGCACAAUUGAAGAUGUUGUUUUGGACACUUUACAUAAGACAAUGACUGAUCAACAGCAACAACAAAAUGCCACGUUGCUAGAUGGUUCGUUCGAAGAUAGUUCUGAAAAACAGAUAUUUCCCACAUUACCAGCGAAUGUCUCAGCAAUAGUUGAACACGAAUUAAAUUCUCCGUGUUCAUUUACAUUAGCCGAUAUUCAAGCAUUUCCAACAUUAGCUUAUUUUAAUCAUACAGUUAUACCUAUUAUUAUCGAAGGUUUAACACAAGUUGCCAAAGAACGUCCACCAAAACCAAUUGAAUAUUUGGCAUGCUUUCUUAUUAAAAACAAAGAACGGUUUGGAGAAAUUUGA